GGAGACAAAAGGAAACGGAGUCUUGCUGCUGGGAGCGCGCAUGUUGUCAGAGGAAAUGGUACGCAGCGCCGACGCCCUCUGCCUGUCUGUCUGUCGGUGUGGAUCUGUCUGUCUGUCCCGGAGCACUCUUCUCAUCUGUUGGUAUUUACUCUGAUUACAUUUCCUGGAAGCCCUGGUUCGGACCGGGCUGUGUUUUGCGCACUUCUCUGGGCUCGGUAUGUCCGUGCGCGGCUAAAGGCUAAAGGAUGGCUCCGGCGCGGAUGCUCGCCAAAGUUCCAAGCAGACUUUUUGGAGGACUUCAGCCUCUUCACUGCGCCUUCAGAACUACUCCUCUUCUUCACCAGGUUCAACAGAGGCAGAUUCCUCUUGGAAAUUACCCAGCUCUUUUCUACAGCUCUCUUCCGCCCUCCACUGAUGUGUCGUUGAAAUACAAAUUUGGUCGACUGGUUCUGGAGGUCCCGUUGCCGUCCAGGGAUGAGAAGUGUCUGUUCUUCCUCAGACCCAUGCUGAUGAAUGUGGGAGACCUGAUCGCUGACCUGCAAAGGGAAGACCCCGGAGUCACUGCAUCGGUGUUAUCCAAGGAUGGUGAACGUGUAGCCAACAAGACGCUGAUCGACACCCUGCUGGACAAGGACUUCCAGCUGGUCAUCAAUGAUAAAAUUCAUCACAUCCACUCUCCUGAAAAGGUGUGUGCAUCCACUGAACACGCCAUGGAAAUGGACGACAUGAAGUACGUGGUGCAUCUGCUGCACACGGCGCUCAACCUCCCUGAACACCACCAGCUGAAGGAGAGGCAGCUGCUGGAGAGACUAGAUAGGCUCAAACAAGAGCUGUCACCUCUGGAAAAGAUGAAGGCGCAGUUGUCCCGUACGGCUGGCUUCCACACCUCCAGGGUUAUGUGGACCGGCAUGGCCCUGCUGUCUGUGCAGGGCGGAGCUCUGGCCUGGCUCACCUGGUGGGUCUAUUCAUGGGACGUCAUGGAGCCGGUCACAUACUUCAUCACCUACGCCACCAGCAUGGGAGCCUUCGCCUACUAUGUCCUUACCAAGCAGGAUUAUGUGUAUAAUGAUGCUAAAGAUAGACAGUUCCUGCGUUACUUUUAUAAAGGAGCCACCAAAAAGAAUUUCGACGUACAAAAGUACAAUGAACUAAAGGACGAACUGGCAGAGGUGGAAGACGAUCUGAGACGUCUGAGGAACCCGACUCGGCUUCAACUACCACUUGAGCAGAUCCAGACAAAGCCAUGAACAAACCCAAGCCAUGAAAAGUCGCCAACAACACGCUCCACUUUAUUUUGAUAAUGGCACAUUUUUUUAAAACAGGAAUCCGUAUCACUCAGUUAUGUUUACAGUCUUGAUAAUGAUGCCAACUAUACCUUGUAGAAAAUAAACACUGAGUACUAUUGAAAUAAAAGUUUUGUUUCUCAACAGUGGGAGUAACUGGA